AUGCAGGCAACUCUUAUUUUCGAAUGUAAAAAUUCAAAAUUUUGUGGUAUGAUGGAUUUAUUUAAUGAUAUUUAUGACAAACUUACAUGCCUAAGAGGAGAUAAGAUUGAAUCUAUAGAUUUGUCAUUUCUAACAGAUGAUUUUUUAAAGAAAAUCAUUUUUGAUACUGAGUAUUCAGAUGAAUUAUGUUCAAAAAUUAUAUCUCUGCCAAAUUAUAUCGCAGAAUCGAUGAAUGAUAUUCCAAAUGAAUUAUUCCCUGAUAACUAUGUAAAUAGGUUAAUAUCUAUUGCCUGUAACAUUAAUGAAGGUGUUGGUGGUCAUAUUUGUUUGAAUAAUUUCCAAUUACAACUUUUAUUGAGGCUUUUCAGAAAUGGGUUUUCUAAAAAGAUUGUCAAUUGUAUCGUAUCACCAUCAAUAACAUACAAAACUGAUACAUCCGGUUUGUGCUCAAUUAUCCAUCAAUUGAGCUUGAAAUUGGAUGAAUUCCAUUUGAAAAAAUUUGUAAAACAUAUUCUAGAAGUUAUAUCUCCCCUUUAUAAAAUGAAUGCUAAUCAAUUUUAUACACACAUAUCUACAUCCAAAAUCCUUGGACAAUUUAAAUCAUUCAAUUUAACCACUAUAUUUCACCCAUUAAACAAUAUUCCCUUAAUCCCAAGUAUCCAUCUCUUGGAUGUAAUUGAUGGUAAAUAUGAAUUAUGGGAAUAUUUAAUACGUUUAUGGUCCGAUGAAUUAUUAAAUUCCAUGUUAUCUCCAUCAUCUCAGAUUAUAAUUGGUUCAUAUUUGUCGAGACUAUUAAAGUUACAUAUUAAAAGGUGUAGUGAAAAGGAUUUCGGAUUCAUUUCUUCUGGAAUUUAUUGGCGUUUAACUAGUUAUGAAAAAUGCGCGAGGUUAUCUGGAAUUGCUAUGGCAAUUGUUACUAAGGAAUUGAAUUGUAACGAGCAAGAUAAUGAAGAAAAUGAUGAUGCUACAUUUGAUGAAUUUGAAUGUCCGCAAUCCAAUUCCCUAAAGGCAGCAAUGAAAGACUUUAAUGAAUUAGUCGGCGAUGUAUCUGAUCUUAUAUAUACUUGUGAUGAUAAAAUGGGACUUGAUCAACAAAGUGACAACUCUAUUGAUAAUAAUUAUUUAUUACCACAUCAAAAAUCUCACCUCAGUAAACCUUUUUAUCUAAGACAAAUACUGGAGAGAAUUCAGGGAAAUCUUAUUAGGGGUGAGGUUGAUUUUGAAUUGGUUAAAAAUUUAUCUGGCGGUUCACCUCUAGAUAAAAUUGAGAAUUCGGAUCAAAAACUGCAACGCAUAACGCAAGCCUUGGUAUAUUUACAUGUAAUACUUGAUAGAAAUCCCCCUGAUGCUGAAAUUGAAUCAUUAUCGUUCCCACUUGCCAAAUCACUCCUCUCCCUUACAACAAUAUAUAAUAUAUCACAAAAGGUAGAAUGCCUGGAUGUAAAUGGAUUAUUUACACUUAAUAAUUCAAUUCCAAAUUACCCAACAAAAAUUGUGUUAUUAAGAGAUCUAAUUUCUAAGGGCCUAACUAAACUAAUAUUAGUUUCAUUUAAACCAUUGGUAAAAUUUAUAGCUAGCGAAAUAUUUAAUACAAAUUUGUCAAUACAAUCAAAAAUAUUGUUGCUGGAAUCGGCUAUUGAUGGAGUUGAUCCCAAUCAGAAUCGUACUUUUAAAAAUGUGCAUCCCAGCUUAGCAGCAUUUGGAGUGGUUGAACUGCUGGAUGCUAUUGAACAAUUCAUUAACAAUGGAAAAUCAUAUUCAAAUAUAAUACAUCUAUCUAGGGAUAAUGGACGUAGAAUAUUUAAUAUCGAUUCUACUGGCAUAAUUUUAAUCGCACGAGUAAUUGAUCUAAUCGUUUGUCUGAAAAUAUCUUCUGGAAAUGGAUGGAUUUUAUUAGGUUUACAAGCUGAACAAAUCCAUAGGAGAUUAAUGGAUCUAAAAAUUUUGUUACUUAAACAUUUGCCAACAAAUUGUAGAUUAAUGGAAUCUUUGUCGCUCGUAGAAAAUUACAUAUGA